AGUAGAUGGCGGAAAACGUUUUCCACAUCUUGUCCUCCUAAAUUUACUCUAAAGUCAACAUAACCAUUCGCCAUCAUGGAGUUAGAAGUAUGGAAAGGGGACUGGGGUUUACCCUCCGUCGAACCAAACUGUUUAGCAGUGAUGGCCUACUGUAAAUUUGGCAGUGUUCCAGUGGAUGUCAAGGCAACCAACAAUCCUUGGAAAUCUCCUACUGGCAAUCUCCCAGUCCUUCGACAUGAUGAUCAUUCAAAGGCCAGAGUCUCUAGUAUCUUGAGUUAUCUCAGGGAACAGAAAUGGGGCACAGAUUUUGACUUGUCAGUAAAGCAGAGUGGUGAUAUGCUUGCCUAUCUUACAAUGAUUGAGGAAAAGUUAGUACCAGCUGUGCUUCACUUGUGGUGGGCCGAUAACAAGACCUACAUUGACCUCACCAGACCAUGGUUUGCCAAGGCGGUGCCCUUCCCCCUCAACUUCUACUACCCCGGCAAGAAACAGAGUGAAUAUCUACAGAGAGUCUACCAUUCCUCAAACCAAAAUCUCUCCGAGGAGGAAAUCGAGGCAAAGAUUUACAAAGAUGGGAAAGAAUGCAUUAAUGUGCUCUCAACAAAACUUGGGAAGAGUGAAUUCUUCUUUGGGAAUAUGCCGAGCUCAUUAGAUGCAGUAGUGUUUGGUUACAUUGCUCCCCUCUUGAAGGCGCCACUGCCCAAUAAUGCUUUGGUGAACCAUCUGAAGGCAUGUGACAACCUCGCCUCCCUCUGUUCAACGAUCUUACUCAGAUACUUCCCUACUGAAGUCCAAGAAUCUGAUCAGAAGAAAAGGGACGCAGAAGAAAAGACACAUGAAGAAGCUGUAGAAUACCCAAACAAAAAGCGUAAUAUGCUCGUCUCUGGCAUGGUGGCCAUGUCCGCCAUGGUCGGUUAUGCAUUUAUGAGUGGGUUGGUACAGGUUGAGAUUGCUGACGCAGAUGAUGCAAACGAGACAAAGGACAUGCACCGUGAGCCGCAGAAGAUUAAUUUAACGAGUACUGAAUCGACGGGAAUGUUUGAGGAUAAUCAACGAGCCCAGGAUGAGAAUGGAAACACGGCUUAAACUUAGAUAGGUUUUGCUUGUCUCAAAAGGACUGAGGGGUUGAAGAGAUGCUAAAAAAGUGUUACAGAUAUGAUUAUGUUUGGAGAACAACUUGGAAGUAUAUGUCUAACGUGAACUCUUCUAGUAAUUAGGGGCUAGGUAAACAAAAUUCUCCUUUUUGACCCAACAAUUUAAAAGUUAUAGACAACACCUUCAGUUCUUAAAGCGAGUUAUUUAUCAUCUGAAUCUAUCUUGAUUUUUUGCCAGAUAUUGCAUUUGUGGAACAUGGACCAAUGUGAUGGUGAAAUACAUGUAACAUUCCGAAUUGGUCUGAGGAAUGGGUAACCGCCGUAAUGGAUGCUGGUUAUUGAGCAAAUGUAAUCAAUAAUCAGUAUUAUAAAGUAUCCUUUUGGUGAUAAGAAAUAUUGUGUGCUUGAGAGCUAGUCAUUGAAUUAUAAAUGGUAAGGCAGUGAAGUAAGGCAAGCGGAAUUGGCUACCAUGACCUAAUAAUACUGGUAAAUGUGAGCUUUCUUUCUUUUUGGGUAAAACUCCUUCAACUUUAUGCUGAAAUAAAACAGCACUUUGUAUUGCCUAUUUUUUUAUGGAAAUCAGUUUUUAUGAGUGAUUUAUACUUUUUUUCAAUCAGAAUGUCUUUAUGUGAGUUCUAGUGUGGGACAGACUUCAAAGUUGAGACAAACUUUUAGCAGAGGUCUUGUUCAUGAUAUUGUUUGUAUGAAAUGAUAGAUAAAUUUAAAGCACAAAUUCAUGUAUAAGUUUUCCUUCAUUGAAUAUAUAUUACAGUUUGUCUCUAAUAGCAACCAAUGAUGUCUGAUAUUCAUGAUAAUAGAUGAAUUGAAAGCAUAUGAAAUAAGGCAAUAUUUGCAAAUGGACUAAAAUAUGAGUACCAGUGCAGUACAUGUAUAGAGCGCUUUCGCAAUGUUAAUUUUAAACUACUGGGUCUGAGGGUUUUAACUUGAGCCUUUCGAUCAAAAUUUAUAAAAAUGUUUUGUAUGAAACGAAAUUUUCGUUGUCACAGCAUCAUCAGUUUGCCAAGGGUUUAGCUAUGGUAUGUUUUUUGUGUUGGAUUCACAGUAUUUGUAUUUACUUGAAAUGCAUACACCAGGUUUAUGAUUAAUGCAAAAGAGAUGUAUUAUUAUUGAAAAACCAUGUUAGUAUUGUUUGGCUUGUUGUGUCUGUAGAAUUGAUGUAAACAAACAUCUGAUUAUGAAAUGCUUGCUCGACUUUUAUCAAUCCUGCACUGCACGUACUUUCACUAUAUCUUUGUUGUUUGUACAUUUCUAUGUGAUGUAAUACUCCAGGGGUAUGAAAUAUUACUCAGCUAAAAAUAAUUUGUUUCACUUUGACAGAUAACAAUUAGAAUCAAACAUUAUUUUGAGCAUUUGAGAACAUUGUUGUGCAGCUGUGCUAGGAUAGAGUUGUAAGCAUCUGUGUGUCUAAAUUUCAAUACAAUUUUACACAGUUAUGUGUUUGUGAUGUAUCUGUAAAAACGCUAAGAUUGCAUGAAGAUAUGAGAAAGGUAUACAGUUUCCCAUGUGGUACUAUAGUUUAGUCAGAAAUCCGUGUUUCGAGCGGGGACACUUCAGUGAAAAACUGUCUUAAUGGACCUGAGUAGGUAAUCAUGGACAACUUCCGUGUAAGCUAUCAUAGUUUCAUGCAUUCUUAUGAACAGUUUGAUGUACUUCUUGCGCUUGUACAGUUGACUGGUUGUUUUCCUGACAUUGUAAUAUAGUCUACACGCUUUAUAGGUAAAGGGGAAAUCACACAUUGGUGUUGCUUCGAUGCUUUGUAAUUAUGAAAAGGCUGUGAAGAAAAAUUUUUACUGAUAGAUGAUUCUGGUCUUGGACAGGUAAUCAUAGCAUACCAUGGUGCUAUUUACUAUCAUGGAUACAAUAUUGGCAAAUAUUUCCACUUCCUUACAAAAAGAGACUAUGGACAGGAGCCAAGAAGGUCAGAAUAUGGUUACACAGAGUCGCCUGUAGGGGUCUCACCUAUAUCACAGUACAUCAAAACUAUUCACGCUGUAUUACAUUUAUUGCUGAAUCAAACACAAUUCAGGCCCCAACUGUGUGUACUAUUCACCUGUAAGAUUACCAAUUUGACCCCCAUAGCUCCAAUUACUUGUCACCCUUAAAUAGUUUUAAUUGAUAGACCGAGGUUGCAGUUAUCAUAACAAUGUAUGGACCAGUUUGAAUAUCGAAGAAGAACACCAUGACCAUGUUACUGUUUUUGGCAUCGAUGUUUACAGAGCGACCUUGAUUGUAAGGAAGGGUCAUCCUGAGAUUGCGUAGGGUUUUAUCCUCCAUUUCGCUGAUGCUGCACUGCGUAGCAUUGUUGUUGUUGUUAUUUAUUGUUGCAUCAAUAAAGUAUCGAAAAGUAA